UGGGGAAGUCUCUGACAGGAAACCCAUUCCCCAGGGAUGUUUCCUUCCCAUCCAAAGAGAGCCCCUGGAGACAGCAGGAAAGAACCAGCGCUCUGCUCUGCCCCAAGGGGAUAAUGGGAUGGAUUGAAGGGGUCUUCUCCUCUUCUCCCCAACACAUCCCCCCCUCUGCUCUCACGCUCCCUGGCCUUGAGAUGAACUCCUGCUGCUCAGGGUAACCUCUGAGCCUGUGUUGGUGCCGAGCCACUGAUCUGCUCUCUUGGUGUUCUCCAGCUCACACAACUCUGGUACAGACACGGGCAGAAAUGAUGGACAUGGAACAACCCAGAGAGUUGAACACCAGCCCCGUGUUGAGCCUCAAGCCCAAGGAGCCUUCACUGGGAGAUCAUGGAACUGUAACGCUUGCGGUUGCCCUGACCCUGAGCACUGAGGGUGAUGUCAGCAGCCUGGACAAUUCCAGAACAAAUUCAUAUCCCCCUCAGCAUCUCUUGGGGCACAAAGGCAAAACCGGCAUUGAUGACCUGAAGGCCAAGCGCAAGAAGAAGCUGUACAAUUCUAAAAGCACCGAGAGUGUGAAAAGCAUUGUCCCACACCAGCCCCAGCCUGCCAGGCUGAAGGAUAUGCUGGAAAAGGCAUCCUCAAAUUGGGAUCAAGAGGAGAUGGAGUCACAUUUAAACUGGCAAGCACUGAACCCCUGGGAUGUAGCUGGUGUGUUUUACCCUUCCGGCCACCUCAGAGAUGAGGAGGAAGUUCCUGCUGCCAGGAAGAACUAUGUCAGGACACACAAGUGGCACAAGAAUGAGGACAGCAACUAUUGGAUUGGACCUAAUCAACUUUUCUACCAUGGUUGGAGACCUGUGGAAUUGAAGCGAAAGCCCAAAACUUUCCAGAUUCUAAACAGGAACCUGGAUUUUCUCUCUGACCCAUUGGCUCAGAUCCGCCCCGUUGUGAGCAGCAGGGGAGAGGCCGUGGCUGAAAGGGAGCAUUCCUCUCUAGGUGGGCACCGCCAGAUCAUGCCUGCCACCACAGAGGAGGAAGGGUCUGUGUUCCUCAAUAAACCUGUGAGCCCCCAAAUUUCAGACCUUGCCCCGGUUCCAAAAGAGCUCUUGGAUACCACAGUCAAUCAUCACCUGCGCUUGCUGGAGCCAGACAAAGACAAAGGCCUGCGGUCGUUCAUGGCCCACGUGAAGCGAGCCCUGAGGAUGGACUGCAGCCUGCCCCAGCUCAAGCAGGCCUGUGCCAAGAUGGUCUUGAAGAUGAAGCUGCUUCUAAAGGAGCUCAGCAAGAGGCAAGAGAACCAGGGAGCCUCUGAUCCCAUGGACCAGUGUCCUCUGCAAGACAACAUCUCCAGACGCACGGCCUUGGUGGAGGACAAAGAACUCACAGGGAAGAAACUGGAGGCCGUGGUGUACGUGAUCACGUUUGUGGUUUUGCUGUCUUUCUUUGUCUUCGUUUCGCUGAUACUGAAGUGUGUUUUCCAUGUAAGCCUUGUUUGACACAUAUCUGUCUGUCUUGUAGCUGGAGUGCCGGGGUGAUGAGCCCCAUGUGCCACUGCAGAUGCCCCUGCACGUGCUGGGUGCCACAGGAGAGGUUUUCCCAAGCCUGGAGCUUGUGGCAGCAUCCACAGCACCCAGCUCAGCAGGGUUCAGCCUGCCAGGGGAAAGCUUGUCCUACCUUCUGUCCCACUUCUCCCCAGCUUUGCUUUGCUCUCCUGCCUUCAGCCACACAGCAAUGAGAGCUUUUGCCCUCUUGUGUUCAGCUAAAGAUUACAGGAAAACAGAUGUUACAAAUCUCCCAUUUUCCAUCCCCAGAUGCUCCCCUCUCUCGUGAACUUGAUUCCAAUGCUGCCACAGCUGGAAAUUGUGUCUGAGAAGUUCCUUUGGAAAACUGCUACAGAGAGUGAGGAAGGAUAACAAGGAGGCACAGGAUGUCGAGGAAAUAAGAGCAGGGAGCUCCUGCCAGCAUUGCCCCCAUUCCCACACCGUCCAUGCCGAUUCCCAGUGCUGCUCCCUGUUCACAGAAUCGGAAUUGCCGUUGCUUCAACGCAUCAGGGAUGCCUAUGAAGCCCAUGCAUCUCAGGAAGAGACCUAAUGUGUGGAACUCGGGUCAAAGACUUUCAAGAAGAACUUCAUGGGAUGCCAACAACUCUUUUUCUCCUGUUCUGCUACAGGAACUGCUGAGGCUCUCCUUGGAUGCUUUUUCAUUGGAUGUUGCUAUUGCCUUAGAUGCUUUUUCCUUGACUGUUAUUUUCUUUCUGCUAGUGCUGAGGGAGUGUGCUGCAGGCAGCCACGAGCUCAGGACACCCAGAGAAGGCUUCAGUACCUCAGACUUUUCCUCAACCCUUGUGGCAAUGUUUCUCCCUGCAUUCAAUAAAAACAAAGGUUUCUCCUCA